AUGCAAUCAGCUGUCUCUUAUCAGUAUGGCCGCAAUGAACUUCCAAAUUACAAGAAAGAACAAGGAGCAUGGGCGAAGAUAUGCGCAGCUGGGAAAGUUUCUGAGGAGCGCAGUGUGCCGGAGCACAUAGAGAAGCCACCUUACUAUUUUAAACAAAUGCCAGCCGGCAACACUUUAGGCACACCAGAAAUUAAGAAUGCUGAACAGCUGGAGCAUAUGCGAGCCAGCGGCAAGCUGGCUGCUCAAAUAUUACGUGAAUGCGGAAAGCUGGCGCUAGUGGGCAAGACUACAGAUGAAAUAGAUACCUUUGCGCAUGAUAGCAUUAUAGCUAAUAAUGCCUAUCCCUCACCACUGCGUUAUGCUGGCUUUCCCAAGUCCAUCUGCACGUCUAUCAAUAAUGUGGCAUGCCACGGUAUACCCGACGACCGUCAGCUUGCCGAUGGUGAUAUUAUCAAUAUUGAUGUAACAGUUUAUAAGAAUGGCUAUCAUGGUGAUUGCUCGCAGACCUUUUUGGUCGGCAAUGUGGAUGAGAGCGGACGUUUUUUAGUUGAUGCCACUCGGGACUGCUUGGACAAAUGUAUAGCACUCUGCGGUCCAGAUGUGCCUUUUAAUGAAAUUGGAAAUUAUAUACAAAAGUUUUGCCAGCAGCACAAGCUGGAUACAGUGGCUGCCUUUAUAGGCCAUGGCAUAGGUAGUUACUUUCAUGGUCCUCCCGAAAUUUAUCAUUAUGAAAACGAUAUGCCCGGUAGAAUGCAGCCAGGUAUGACAUUUACUAUAGAACCUAUUUUGUCGCUGGGCGAUGGUGACAUUGGACUUUUAAAGGAUGGAUGGACAGCUGUUACCUUGGAUGAUUCACGGAGCGCGCAGUUUGAGCACACCAUACUCAUUACAGACACAGGCGCUGAGGUGCUUACGCAAUAGCCGUACAUCUUUAAGUUUAGU